GCGAGCCAACCGCGCGGCUCUGCGGCUCUUCGCUCUGCCGGCCUCCCGCAUGGCGCUGCGCAGCUUCUGCAGCGCUGAUGGCCCCGAUCCACUUUGGGACUGGAAUGUCACAUGGUACACCAGCAACCCCGACUUUACCAAGUGCUUUCAGAACACAGUCCUCACAUGGGUGCCUUGUUUCUACCUCUGGACCUGUUUCCCCCUCUAUUUCUUCUAUCUCUCCCGACAUGACCGGGGCUACAUCCAGAUGACACACCUCAAUAAAGCCAAAACUGCCUUAGGAUUCUUUCUGUGGCUUAUCUGCUGGGCAGACCUCUUCUACUCUUUCUGGGAAAGAAGUCAGGGGGCAGUCCUAGCCCUGGUGUUACUGGUCAGCCCGACGCUGCUGGGCAUCACCAUGCUGCUCGCCAUCUUUUUAAUUCAGCUUGAGCGAAGGAAGGGAGUCCAAUCCUCCGGGAUUAUGCUUACUUUCUGGCUUGUAGCCCUACUGUGUGCCCUAGCCAUCUUAAGAUCUAAGAUCAUCUCUGCCUUAAAAAAGGAUGCCCAAGUGGACGUGUUUCGAGACACCACAUUCUAUAUGUACUUCACUCUUGUGCUCAUCCAGCUUGUGCUGUCCUGCUUCUCAGACUCCUCACCCCUCUUCUCAGAAACUGUCCACGACCUGAAUCCAUGCCCAGAAUCCAGCGCCUCUUUCCUUUCCAGGAUCACUUUCUGGUGGAUUACAGGGAUGAUGGUACAGGGCUACCGCCAGCCCCUGGAGAGCAGUGACCUCUGGUCAUUGAAUAAAGAGGACACGUCAGAAGAAGUGGUUCCUGUGCUAGUGAAUAACUGGAAGAAGGAAUGUGCUAAGUCGAUGAAGCAGCCUGUACGGAUUGUGUAUGCCCCUCCCAAAGAUCCCAUCAAGCCCAAGGGAAGUUCCCAGUUGGAUGUGAAUGAGGAGGUUGAGGCACUGAUUGUCAAGUCGCCCAAGAAGGACCGGAACCCCUCUCUGUUCAAAGUGUUAUACAAGACCUUUGGGCCCUACUUCCUCAUGAGCUUCCUCUUCAAGGCCCUUCAUGACCUGAUGAUGUUUGCUGGCCCCGAGAUCUUGAAAUUGAUUAUCAACUUUGUGAAUGACAGGGAGGCCCCCAACUGGCAGGGAUACUUCUACACAGCACUGCUGUUUGUCAGUGCUUGUCUUCAGACACUGGUGCUACACCAGUACUUUCACAUCUGCUUCGUCAGCGGCAUGCGCAUCAAGACAGCCGUGGUGGGCGCUGUCUACCGAAAGGCUCUCGUGAUCACCAAUUCAGCUAGAAAGUCCUCCACAGUUGGGGAGAUCGUCAACCUCAUGUCUGUGGACGCCCAACGCUUCAUGGACUUGGCCACGUACAUUAACAUGAUCUGGUCAGCCCCUCUGCAAGUCAUCCUAGCCCUCUACCUCCUGUGGCUGGUGUGUUUUCCCUUGGUCUCUUUCUUCUGCAGGGAGGGCUUGCCUCGUCCAAGCACAGAGAGGGCAUGGAACCUGGGCCCUUCUGUGCUGGCUGGGGUGGCUGUGAUGAUCUUUAUGGUGCCCUUCAAUGCUGUGAUGGCUAUGAAGACCAAGACCUACCAGGUGGCACAUAUGAAGAGCAAAGACAACAGAAUCAAGCUGAUGAAUGAGAUCCUUAAUGGGAUCAAAGUACUCAAGCUGUAUGCCUGGGAGCUGGCGUUUCAGGACAAAGUUUUAAACAUCAGGCAGGAGGAGCUGAAGGUGCUGAAGAAAUCUGCCUACUUGGCGGCUGUGGGCACAUUCACCUGGGUCUGCACACCUUUCCUGGUGGCCCUGUCAACCUUUGCUGUCUAUGUGACUGUGGAUGAAAACAACAUCUUAGAUGCAAAGAAAGCCUUUGUGUCCCUAGCCCUAUUCAAUAUCUUGCGCUUCCCACUCAACAUCCUGCCCAUGGUCAUCAGCAGCAUUGUGCAGGCAAGUGUCUCCCUCAAGCGUCUCAGAAUUUUUCUGUCUCAUGAAGAGCUGGAGCCAGACAGCAUUGAGCGGUGCUCAAUCAAGGAUGGUGGAGGGAUGAAUAGCAUCAGUGUGAAGAAUGCAACAUUCACUUGGUCCAGGGGUGAACCUCCCACACUGAAUGGCAUCAGCUUCUCCAUCCCUGAAGGAGCCCUUGUGGCCGUUGUGGGCCAAGUAGGCUGUGGGAAGUCAUCUUUGCUGUCAGCCCUGCUGGCUGAGAUGGACAAGGUGGAGGGACAUGUGGCUCUCAAGGGCUCUGUGGCCUAUGUGCCCCAGCAGGCCUGGAUUCAGAAUGACUCUCUCCGAGAGAACAUACUGUUUGGGCACCCCCUGCAGGAACGUUACUACAAGGCAGUGAUGGAAGCCUGUGCCCUUCUCCCGGAUCUGGAAAUCCUGCCCAGUGGGGACCGGACAGAGAUUGGUGAGAAGGGUGUGAACCUGUCAGGGGGCCAGAAGCAGCGAGUGAGCCUGGCCCGGGCUGUGUACUGUAACUCUGACAUCUACCUCUUUGACGACCCCCUCUCGGCUGUGGAUGCACAUGUUGGGAAGCACAUCUUUGAGAAGGUGGUUGGUCCCACAGGCCUACUGAAGAACAAGACACGGAUCCUGGUGACCCAUGGUAUCAGCUACCUGCCUCAAGUGGAUGUCAUCAUUGUCAUGAGUGGUGGCAAGAUCUCAGAGAUGGGAUCUUACCAGGAGUUGCUAGACCGGGAUGGGGCCUUCGCUGAGUUCGUGCGCACCUACGCCAGCGCUGAGCAGGACCUGGCUUCAGAAGAUGACAGUGUCAGUGGUUUAGGGAAGGAGUCAAAGCCAGUGGAGAAUGGGAUGCUGGUGACAGAUACGGUGGGGAAACACCUGCAGAGGCAUCUCAGCAGCUCUUCUUCCCACAGUGGGGAUACUGGCCAACAGCACAGUAGCCUGGCUGAACUGCAGAAGACCGGAACCAAGGAGGAGACCUGGAAGCUGAUGGAAGCAGACAAGGUGCAGACAGGGCAGGUGCAGCUGUCAGUGUACUGGGACUACAUGAAGGCCAUUGGCCUCUUCAUCUCCUUCUUGAGUAUCUUCCUUUUCCUGUGCAACCAUGUGUCAGCACUGGCCUCCAAUUAUUGGCUGAGCCUCUGGACAGAUGACCACCCCAUUGUUAAUGGGACUCAGGAACACAGGAAUUUCCGACUAAGUGUUUAUGGGGCCUUGGGCAUCUUGCAAGGUGUGGCAGUAUUUGGUUACUCCAUGGCUGUGUCCAUUGGGGGCAUCUUUGCCUCCCGUCACCUCCACCUGGACCUGCUGCACAAUGUUCUGCGAUCACCGAUGAGUUUCUUUGAGCGUACACCUAGUGGGAACCUUGUGAACCGAUUCUCCAAGGAGCUGGACACGGUGGACUCCAUGAUCCCGCAGGUCAUCAAGAUGUUCAUGGGCUCACUCUUCAGCGUCAUUGGAGCUGUCAUUGUCAUCCUGUUGGCCACACCCAUUGCUGCUGUCAUCAUCCCACCCUUGGGCCUUGUCUACUUCUUUGUGCAGAGGUUCUAUGUAGCCUCCUCUCGACAGCUGAAGCGCCUGGAGUCUGUCAGCCGUUCUCCUGUGUACUCACACUUCAAUGAGACCUUACUGGGGGUCAGUGUCAUCCGUGCCUUUGAGGAACAGGAACGCUUCAUUCGCCAGAGUGACCUGAAAGUGGAUGAGAAUCAGAAGGCCUACUACCCCAGCAUUGUGGCCAACAGGUGGCUUGCUGUACGCCUUGAGUGUGUGGGCAACUGCAUUGUGCUGUUUGCUGCCCUGUUUUCAGUCAUCUACCGGCACAACCUCAGUGCUGGCUUGGUGGGCCUCUCGGUGUCUUACUCACUGCAGAUAACUGCUUACUUGAACUGGCUGGUUCGAAUGUCCUCUGAGAUGGAGACCAACAUUGUGGCCGUGGAGAGACUAAAGGAGUAUUCUGAAACGGAGAAGGAAGCUCCUUGGCAAAUCCAGGAGACGGCUCCACACAGCACCUGGCCCCAUUCUGGCCGUGUAGAGUUCCGAGACUACUGCUUGAGGUAUCGAGAAGACUUGGACUUGGUUCUCAAGCACAUAAAUGUCACCAUUGAGGGUGGAGAAAAGGUUGGUAUUGUGGGUCGUACAGGCGCUGGGAAGUCAUCUCUCACCCUGGGUUUGUUCCGGAUCAAUGAAUCUGCAGAAGGGGAGAUUAUUAUUGAUGGGGUGAACAUUGCCAAGAUUGGCCUGCAUGACCUGCGCUUUAAGAUCACCAUCAUUCCCCAGGAUCCUGUUUUGUUCUCGGGUUCUCUCCGCAUGAACCUGGACCCUUUCAGUCAGUAUUCUGAUGAAGAAGUCUGGAUGGCCCUGGAGCUCGCUCACCUGAAGGACUUUGUGUCAGCCUUGCCUGACAAGCUGAAUCAUGAGUGUGCAGAAGGCGGAGAGAACCUGAGUGUGGGGCAGCGACAGCUUGUGUGCCUGGCCCGAGCUCUGCUGAGGAAGACAAAGAUUCUAGUGUUGGAUGAGGCUACAGCAGCUGUGGACCUUGAGACAGAUGACCUCAUUCAGUCCACCAUCCGGACGCAGUUUGAAAGCUGUACUGUGCUCACUAUUGCUCAUCGGCUUAAUACCAUUAUGGACUAUACAAGGGUGAUUGUCCUGGACAAAGGAGAAGUUCGGGAGUGCGGCGCACCCUCUGAACUCCUGCAGCAGAGGGGCAUCUUCUAUAGUAUGGCCAAGGAUUCUGGCUUGGUGUGAGCUGAGCUCUGGUGUAUCCAGUAAGAACUAUAGGGCCAGCAUCCCAGUGUCCAGGGAUGAGCCAGCAACCCUGGGAACAUAAGCUUCCCAGACCAAAACAAAACAAAACCAAAAACAAACAAACAAAUAAAGGAAAAGAAAACCAAACUAACAAGAAGCAAAACACACAAAGCAGCAGUCAUAAUUUAGUCCCAUCCUGGAUUUGACCUUGAAGCAACUUGGGAGACAGAUAUAUCCCACUUCAAACUUAUGUCUGGACUCUGGCACUACUUGUGAGGCUCCCUGGAAGUUCACCUAUGCUCCUGCUGCAGCCCACAGCAAGACCUUGGGCAGCUAAAUACAGUAGUGACCAAACACAAGCCACUGCCUCAUGUCUCUUCAGCCACAUCCAUGGAUUCCUUGGAAUUCUCUCCUGGCCCUACCAGCUAUCACCUCCACAGUCCUGUUGGUUAUAAAAGAGUGCUUCUUUUCUUCAGGCCUUCAGUUGAAAGCAUGGGAACCAACCAGCCAAACAAAGAAAGAAUCCUGUUGCCUCAGUGAUAUCCCCUUGCCUGCCAUCUGCUCUUCAGGCACCCAAACACUGCUCUCUGCACCCAGCACAGGUCUCACAGGACUUGCUUUAGAGGCAGCCUUCUUUGUGAAGGGACCAGGCCAGUCAACACUCCCAUCACAAGGACUUACACCCUGCCCUACCAUCCCUUCCUUGCUUUCUGCCUCUUCCUGGGGAGAACUCACUCCUCACAGAAGGUCUAUGAAUAGUUUAGAGCAGCAAAAGUCAAGAGCAUGAGGGAAGAAUCUGGUAACAAAGAUAGAGCCAGAGUACAAGAAGAGAAACAAUCACAAAUAGUGAUCUCCUUCUCCCUACCCCCCAUUUUUGAGCAUCUUUCCAGGAAGAAAGCUGAUCCAAAGAAGUUGAUGUCUAGGGAGGAGAUACUAGACUCAGGGAAUAGCAAUGCCCAGCUCUGCACUUGAUCCUGCUUUGCUCUGCACAGUGGUCCUUUAGGUGUUUGGGUAUAGAUCAAAGAGAAAUCCCUUAGGGCAGCAAGAAGUUGCUGCUAGCCACAGUUCAUACUUGCUAUGAAUUUGGCCCUGAUUUCAGUCCCAGAGAAGUAUCUUUUUUCUUUAGGUGGCAAUGUAUGUUUUUUUUUUUAAGUUAAUACCAUUCUUUCACAUUAAAGGACCUAGAUUUCUUCUGAGGGUCUUUUUGUAAUGACACUGGAAACGUGAAUAUUUACAAGUACUUUGCAGUAAAGAAAAUUGUUUUAUUUCUUUCUAAACAACCACUUUUUCUUUUGGCUACAGAAGUUUCCAGCCUCCACUCUAGAAGAACCAGGCUGGGACAGCUGUGUUAUUUUUCCACUGCUAUCAAUACUGGCAGGGCAUGAUUAGAGAGGUGGUUCAGCACUGAAGAGUGCUUGCUCCUCUUGCAGAGGACUGAAGUUAGAUCUCGGCACCUGCAUCUCUUGGCGAAAACUGCCUAUACUUCUAGCUGCAAGGGGUCCAGUGCCCUCUUCUGGGCAAACAAAAAUAAAGAAAUGGGAGGCCAAGGUUAAGAGCUGCGUGGGGUCUAGCAGUGAGUCAGAAUGGCAAAGUAUACAAAUACUCUGGCUUGAGUGUCUUACUGGCAUUUUUUUGGUCAUGUGACCCUGGGCAAAACACUUUUAAGCUAUGAGCUUCAGCUCUGUCUGCCUAAGGUGGCCAAGUUCAGGUUCUGAGACAAAAGUCACAAGUGGCCCCAAAUACUUCUCUCUAGUAGGGUGGGGCUGAUCUAUAAUAACAGUGCUUAAGCUCUUGGGAAAUGGAGCUGGUGAGAUGGCUCAAGAUGAUAAAGUGAUUGCCAUAUAUGCAUGGCAGCCUGCAUUGCAACCCCCAGCAAAGCCAGGUCUAACAGUAUAUGCAUAUAGUCCCAGCUCUGGGGAGGAAACAGGAGUGUCCCUGUGGCUCUUUGGCCAGCCUAGUCAAAUUGGUGAACUACUUGUUCAGUAAUAGCAUAAGGUAGGGGCUGGAGCUCAGUGGUUAAGAAUGCAUCAUGCUUUUGCAAAGACUAUGGUUCAGUCCCCAACACCCACAUUGGGCAGCUCAGAACUACUUGUAACUUGAGUUUCUGGCCUCUGAGGUCACCUGCACUCAUGCACAUAAACACCAACUUACAUGCAUACAUAUAAUAAAUAAAGUGAAUCAAAAAAAGAUAAGCUGGAAAGAUG